CGAAACAAAAAAACAGGUUUUCGCAUUGGGCUGUUGUUUUCCCGGCGUCGUGUGGUAGUGAAAAUUUUCGAUUGGCUAAGUGUAUUCUCGUUUCGUUUCCAUUUUGACGUGGCAAUCGGAAUACGCGUCGUUUCACACCGUAUUACAUUGUAAUAUCAAGCUUUUUGCCGAGAAGAGAAAGGAGAGAAAACGAGAAAGAAAACCGAAAGAUUUUAAGCGUCACAACCGUCCGGUGUUUUUGGUAACCGCAAAUUUUGCUCAGUGUGCAUACUGCGUGGGUGCACAAGCUGUGCAUUCUCUAACUGCCGGUAGACUGUUAGCGAAAAGAUUGUGUUAGCGAGUUUGUGUGUGUGUGUGUGUUGAUUUGUGUGCACCGAAGAAAAAUUUCAAUUCAACAUGGGUCUGAAGGAUUGUACGAUCGAGCUCGAUAAUCCGUACAAUACGUACUAUGCCGGUCAGACGGUGAACGGCAGGGUUACGUUUACCUUCGAUUCGCCGAAGAAAAUUCGAGGCAUCGUAAUAAAGUUUGCCGGCGAGGCGGAAACGAAAUGGAGCGAAACGGAAACAAAAACCGACCCUAACGGCAAGCAGUACGAGUCGACGACGAACCUGACGGGCCAGGAGGAGUACUUCCAGAUCCAGUACUAUCUGCUCGGUGGCAAGAACGCCGCCGAGACGCAGCUUCCGCAGGGGAUGCACACCUACCCGUUCACGUGCGCUCUGCCACCGACUUUACCGUCCUCGUUUGAGGGCGAAUGGGGUUUCGUGCGCUACACGGUCAAGGUGACGCUCGAUCGGCCCUGGAAGUACGAUCAGGACAUCAAGAUGGCCUUCACCGUCAUCUCGCCCGUCGACCUAAAUUUGAACCCACGCGUGAAGGACCCGUUCAAGCUGGAGCUGGAGAAAACGUUCUGCUGCUUCUGCUGCGCUUCCGGCCCGUUGAGUUUGAUCGUGCAUGUCCCGGUGACCGGGUUCGUGUCGGGUCAGUCCGUCCCGGUGACGGUUGAGUGUGACAAUGCGAGCAACGUGAACGUGGAGAAGGUCACGAUCAACUUGCGCAAACUGUUCGCGUUCCACGUGCACACGCCACGGCGUGAGACGAAGCGUAAGAAGGAGAUCGUCACCACCAUCUCGAUGGGACCGAUCGAGGCGGGCAACAGCCAGACGUGGCAGCAGAAGUUGCAGAUACCGCCAUUGCCACCGUCGAACUUGGUCAACUGUGGCAUCAUCGAUGUCGACUACGACAUUAAGGCGAUCGCCGAGGUUAGCGGCAUGCAUGGCAACCUGGACGGUAAUAUACCGAUCGUGCUCGGUACGGUACCGCUCGAGUCGUUCCAGGCACCGCCACCCUACACGGACAAUCCGCCUGUGGUGAGCGAUAUAAUCGCUACUGAAACUGACCCGUCCAUGUUGCCGACACAACCGGUCAGUCCGGCUAGUCCACCCAGCAAUGGAGCCGGUGGUGCGCUUGGUUGGAAUUUUGGUGACAACAAGACGUACCCUAACAUACCUCCACCGACGUUCGCCGAGACCUCAUACAAAGCGCCUACAAUUUCUGACAAGAACGAUACCGAAUAUACUCGCAUGGUUGGUGGGAAUGAAUACGCACCCCGAUACCCGACGUACGCGUUCAUGCCGACUGCACCGCCGCCGCCACCCUCGAACUACUGAUAAGCUUCCGGAAUAGGACGGACCAACAAUACCUUCGAUCAUCGACAUCUGCCAUCCGCUUGCUUUUCAUCAGCUCUCCCGCUGUCUGUUUCUCUUGAAUAUCCUUUUCGGUGUAACCGUACAUAGCAGCGAGUGUUUGUGCGUUUCCUGUUGUUAGUUCCGUUUCCGGAACGGAGGUGCUACUGUAUAAGUUUCAAAGUCCGUUCGUCCGUAUACACCGGCUUCCGUGUGCUACCAUAAACGAAAGCAGCAUAAUAGAGAGGGGGAGGGGGAGAGAAAAAGGAGCAUAAGGAGAAGAGAAUGCAAGCCUCCGGACGCCGCACACGCAAAUGAUGCAUAUUGCUUACUGCCCGCACGCACAGGCUAUUUGCCUUACGCUAUCGCACACUCAAGUUUACGUUUUACUACAUUAAUUGCGUUUCGUGUUUCGCUUCAAGCCGCACCAGUUAGAGCAGGGAGAAAAGGAAUAAGCAAAAACGACAGGACAUUAGGUAUGAUAGCAGCAACAAUCGCUUAGCGAGUUAUGAAUCUUCCGGGUGCGCAAAACUACGCCAAUCGGGCGUAACCUCAGGCAAGGAAUUAUGGCGCACGCGUGCAUAGUAUUCUAGUGAUUAUGUAGUUCGAACAAGCAGCUUAGUACUACUUUACUACUUCCGCGGUAAUCAGUUCGGUGCAACGGUAUUACUCUCGCUACAUCACCGUCUUUAAUAAGGACUAAUAGUCACACGCUCUCCCUUUUUCUCAGAAGUAAACUGUACCUUCUAAUGAUGAAUGUUAGAAAAAUGAACACACUACGCAAGGAGAGAACAAAACGUGACUGGGAUAUAUAAUUAUAUGAUGUAAUAUGUAUACACACAAACAAUAGAAGUUGUAUUAGAUCGAAGUUGCCAAAAUGAGCAGUUCAAUGAGAGUAGUAGCUGGUGGUACAAGCACCGUCGGUAUGUGAUACUGAUAUACUUUCUCUCUCCCUCUCUCUCUUUCUCUUUUCUAUUACUCUCAUGCAAAUAUACUCUCUAGAAACAUGAUCGGAAGCCGUUCGCAUAAAUAGUGCCUACAGUAACGUUUUAUAUUAGCCAUUGAUGAGCAGGAAGCAAGGAAGAGGAAGAAGAUGUGUGAGUGAGCAGAUAGGAACGGGUGCACACACUGAACCACAUGUACGUGCAACAAUCAAAAUUGUACCAAUUUAAGAUGAACUGGGCAAACUAUUGACGAAUCUCGACAUCGUCGAAAAACUAGCACACUCGAUUAUACACAUUCAAUGUAUGAGACGGAUUUAUGAGACAAUUUGCUCCGUCGGAACUUCCAAGUGCAACUUUCAGGGCAAACACGAAACAGUGUUUUUAAUUACCAGUACGGAGCGGAAGAGAAUAGUAUGAACAUUCAGCGCGAACAGCAUAAAAUAAUCUUUUGUAUUGCCUCACACGGCCAUUGAAAUGAAAUAAAUACUGCGGAUACCGUA